CUUUUCACAUUUGUUUCUUCAAUUGCUGUUCGUCCUAUCUUUUCAAGUGCCAACAUAUUCAUUUUUCAUUCCCUUUCCAUAUUUUUUUUUCUAUUCUUCCUUAAUGUUUAGUAUAUUUUUCAUUUUUAUAAAAAGCGUACUUCUCGAGUGAAUUUACAGAGCAUAAGAAUUGUUAAAAGUGUUUUUUUCACUUUAACUAGAAUGUCUCAAGCUCAAGCAACAGGAGCAUUUUCUCUGCUAGCAAAGAGGCCGCAAAGCAUCAUUGAAAAUCAAAUUUAUCGACGUCAACGUAGCCUUGAAUUAAUAAAUGCUCUACCCAAAGAGCUAGAUGAUGAUAAGCAAAAUGAAACUAAUCAUAAGACAUACGUGGUAAUAGUUUUCAGUGAGAAGGCCAAGCUACAACAAUGCCAAGAUGUUGAAAAAAUUAUACAACAAUUUAAUGUCUUAACUACAUUGGAAGUACUUAGCAAAACUGAAAAGUAUUUGUACUUGUCAGCUACUACCGACAACUUAUUACGUUUUGCUGACGAAUCGGAACUUAUAAAAAAGACUGUAACGGGUAGUAUGCAAAAAUUUAAUUACCAUUCGGUAGAAGAUUUUCUUUUAUCUGGUAUGACUGCUAACGAUAUCGUACGCUAUUGUGAAGCUCCUGUGCUCAUUAAAGAUGCAAUUAAGCCUUCGCUAUUAUCCUAUAUAAGAAAUGGUGUAAUAGAAGAUCUAUUUCCUUUACAUGACUAUGAGUAUUUAGAAAAAUUCUCAUUCAAUUGGAGAAGACGAUCCUUACCUAUUGAAGAGAUACGCAAUUACUUUGGUUCUAGUAUUAGUUUGUAUUUCGGCUUCACUUUAUUUUAUACUAAGGCUUUAAUAUUUCCGUCGUUAUUUGGUUUAGUGCAAUACUAUUAUUCUUUCAAUUUGUCUUUAGUAUCAAGUUUCUACGUUAUAUGGACUACGAUUUUCUUAGAAUUAUGGAAACGUAAAUGUGCUGGUUAUUCUUAUCGUUGGGGUACAAUCGAAAUGACUAGCUUGGAUAAGCCACGUACUGCGUAUAAAGGUGAACUCAAACUAGAUCCCAUUACCAGCAAAUUAACGCUACAAUAUCCUAUGCGAUACACGUAUCUACAAAUGUAUUGCAUUUCAUAUCCGGUAGUAUUCUUAUGUGUGACAGCUGCUGCCUACUUUGCUCUCUAUCAAUUUCAAAUUGAAGCCGAAGUUUUAAAUGAUUUUGGUGCAGAAUCUUGGCUUCUAUAUGUACCCUGUAUUGUGCAAUCAGUGUUAAUAUCAAUUUUCUCAUGGGCUUAUGAGAAGCUGGCUACUUUCUUAACGGAAUUGGAAAAUCAUCGUACGCGAUCGCAAUAUGAUCGCCAUCGUGUCAAUAAGUUAAUGAUAUUCGAAAUUGUUAAUAAUUUUUUUUCGUUGUUUUAUAUCGCUUUUGUCCUGCACGAGUUAAAACAACUGAAAUAUCAAUUAAUGAUGCAACUAUUAAUAUUUCAGUUAGUUUGUAUCGCUCAGGAGGUGGGCAUACCUCUGUUGGCUGUAGUUAAACAAAAAUUUGCUAAAUUUAUGCAAAAAGAGAUCGAUGAAGCGAUAAAACAUCAAGUUAGCGAUCUCGCACGUUACGAGCAGUGCUUUUUCGAGUCCGGCUUGGACAAAUAUCAAUCCACCUAUGAAGACUAUUUACAAAUGUGUAUACAAUUCGGUUAUGUGGUAUUGUUUGCAGCAGUAGCACCAUUCGCAGCUUUAGGUGCUUUAGUAAACAAUAUAUUCGCUAUGCAUAUCGAUUUAUUUAAGCUUUGUAACAUAUUUAAGCGUCCUUUUGCUCGACGUACGAAAAAUAUUGGUGCUUGGCAAUCAGCAUUUGAGCUGCUCUCAGUUAUGGCUAUUUUAAGUAAUUGCGGUAUCUUAUAUUUACAGCCAAAUAUUAAGAAUUUCUUUGUUAAUUUAUUCCCUAAUACUUCGGAUAUUUCGUUUGUGCUAUUCGAGCAUCUAUUAUUGGGUUUGAAAUUUGUUAUACACAAGGCUAUACAUGAAAGACCUCGCUGGGUACGUAUUGCUCUGCUAAAAGCCGAUUACGAAUCUAGUCAAGCCUACAAGAAUAUUAAGAAACUUAAAGCUCAAUCAAUUUGCUCCCUUAUCAACUUCAGAAAGAGAUCGAAAAAGAGCUAAAAAAAAAACCUAUGG